AUGAAGAGAAAUGGUGAACCACAUUUAAAUGGAAACUCAAAAAAACUAAAGAUAGAUGAAUCAGAAGAAGAGGAUGAGUCAGUGAUCUUUGAUUUUCCUAUUGCAACUAGUAACAAGUGGCAAGAUACUAUUAAAAAAGUAGUAAAUUCAGUUGUAUCUAUUCAAUUUUCACAUGUUGCACCAUUUGAUACUGAAACGGCGGUUGUCAGUGAAGCAACGGGAUUUAUAGUGGAUGCAGAAAAUGGGUUGAUUUUAACCAAUAGACAUGUUGUUGGACCUGGUCCUUUCACUGGAUAUAUUGUUUUCGAUAAUCAUGAGUCAGUUGAUGUAAAACCUAUUUAUCGUGAUCCGAUACAUGAUUUUGGAUUUUUAAAGUUCAACACAAAAGACGUAAAAUAUUUGGAGUUAACAAAACUAGAUUUAGAGCCAACUCUUGCCAAAGUAGGUACAGAAAUUAGAGUGGUUGGUAACGAUAAUGGAGAAAAACUUUCAAUAUUAGCAGGGAUCAUUUCAAGAAUAGAUAGAAAUGCUCCAGACUAUGGAGCUUUAACAUAUAACGAUUUCAAUACAGAAUAUAUUCAAGCAGCCGCAUCAGCCACUGGUGGUUCUUCUGGAUCUCCUGUUGUUAAUGAAGAUGGAAAAUGUGUAGCAUUACAAGCUGGUGGUUCAACUGAAGCUUCAACAGAUUUUUUCUUACCUGUAAAUAGACCAAAAAGAGCUUUAGAGUGUAUUCAACAGCAUAAGGUUAUUACAAGAGGUGAUAUACAAGUUGAAUGGGAGUUGAAACCUUUUAACGAAUGUUCAAGACUUGGAUUAACAGCUGAGGCUGAAGCAAAGUCUAGAGAAUUAUUUCCAGAUAGGAUUGGAUUGUUGGUGGCGGAAUUAGUGUUACCAGAAGGUCCUGCUGAUGGAUUUAUAAAAGAAGGUGAUGCAUUAAUUUCAAUAAAUGGAGAAAAUAUUUCCACUUUCAUUAGAGUUGAUGAGAUACUAGAUGAAAAUGUAGGUAAAGACUUGGAAUUUGUUAUACAAAGGAGUGGAGUGGAAAUGAAACAAAUGAUUAAAAUUGGAGAUCUUCACCAAAUAACACCCAAUAAAUUUGUUCAAGUAGCGGGUGGUUGUUUCAAUGAUCUUUCAUAUCAAGUUGCAAGAUGCUUCUGUUUACCCGUUAAAGGUUUAUUUGUCAGUGAUGGGGCUGGAUCUUUUGAAUUUUCAAAUCAAGAUACUUUGGGAUUUAUAGUGGAAACCAUUGAUGAUAAGCCGGUGAACAACUUAGAUGAAUUUGUUGAAGUCAUGAAACUAUUACCAGAUUGUUCAAGAGUCCCUGUCACUUAUCGUCAUGUUUCAGAUAUGAAUGCUGAGUAUGUUCAAACUAUUUAUAUUGAUAGACACUGGUAUACAUCAUUCAAAUUGGCAACAAGAAACGACGAGUCAGGAUUGUGGGAUUUUACGUCAUUACAAGAAAAACCUUUGUCUCCUCCACCUCAAGUUGCUCAAAAUGCGAAAUUUAUAGACAUACCUGGUCAAGAGAAAAAGGAAUUAUCAAGGCUAGUUAGAUCGUUCGUUCAAAUACGAACGUUAUGUCCAAGCGGAGUUGAUUCACAUCCAUUCAAAAAAGAUAUAUGUUAUGGAGUUGUUAUAGAUGCAGAAAAUGGAUUUGUUUUGACUUCAAGAAGAUUCGUUCCUCAUUACAUGUGUGAUAUAUUUGUCGUAUUUGCUGAAUCAAUAGAUGUUUUAGGUGAAGUUGUAUUUUUGCAUCCACAUUUAAACUACGCAAUUAUAAAAUAUGAUCCUAAAUACGUUCUUGCUGAUGUUCAAACGCCUAAAUUUUCGACUACUCCAUUAAAAAGAGGAGAUGAUUUGUUUUUUGUUGGAUAUAAUUAUAAUCUCAGAUUGAUCACUGAUGAUGUCAAAGUCAGUUCAAUUUCUUCGUUAAAUGUGACUGCGAAUGCAGUUGCACCUAGAUAUAGAGGUACAAAUUUGGAAUGUGUUUUACUAGAUAGUAAAAUUACUCAUGAAUGUAACACCGGUAUUUUAACCGAUUAUGAUGGUACAGUAAGAGCUUUUUGGUUGUCAUAUCUUGGAGAGUCCAACGAGCAAUCUUAUAAAAUGGGUUUGGAUGUAACAGAUGUGUUGGAUGUCAUAAAUUCAUUAAAACAAAACAUAAUACCGAAAAACAUAAGAAUGUUAAAUGUUGAAUUCGCAUCUGUCACUGUUUUUCAAGGUAGAACAAGAGGUGUACCACAAAAAUGGAUUGAUAGAUUUGAGGAAGAAGCGGAAGAUCAGAUUAAGUUCUUAUCUGUCGAUAGAGUAGCUGCAGGUUCACCAAAUCCAUUGAAAGUCGGAGAUAUAGUUUUAUCGGUAAACGAUAAACCUGUUAAAAGUAUGAGAGAUUUUGCAUCAAUGUAUCACAAUGAACAACUUAAUUUCAAAAUCAUACGUCAAAAAAAAGAACUCGAUAUUGUGAUCCCUACUGUAACAACAUUAGAAACUUCAAAUGUAGUAUAUUGGUCAGGUGCAUUAAUUCAAAAACCACAUUUAGGUGUAAAACAAUUGAUGACGAAAAUUCCAUCAGAAGUCUUUGUUACCGAUAAAAGUUCAUGUGGUCCUGCUCAUCAAUAUGGUAUAGUUCCUAUAAGUUUCAUCACUCAUAUAAACGAUUUAGACGUAACUAAGUUUGAAACAUUUGUCAAAGUCAUUAAAGAAAUUCCAGAUAAAACAUAUGUUAAAUUACGAUUGGUUUCAUUUGAUAACAUUCCCGCUGCUAUAUCUUUGAAGACAGAUUAUCAUUAUUUUCCAACAACUGAGUUAAUAAGGAAUGAGAACACAGGAAAAUGGGAUACAAUAAAACAACAAACUUAA